AUGUCGAAGGAGUGUUUAGACACUCUCGUGCGCGUCGUGCUCGCUGGGAUUUGUCGUGCCUGGAUUAAUCCUCAGCUGCGAAAGCAACGGUGUCGAGGAUGCGCCCAGCAUCCUCGUGAUCUAAUUAUUACCUCGAGAGGAUGGCCCGUUACCGAAGGUGUUGCGGUGAUCUUCGCGCCGGGGUACUGCGGAAUAAAGAAGGCAGACGAUGAGGAGCGAGCCAGGCUGCCGGAGUUCCUCUCGGAAUUGGACCUCGCGAGUUUGGAGGCCUCUGAAGAGGACGUGGAAGCUCUCAGGAAGGUCGUCAAGAGACUCGCACCCGAGAAGAAUGGCGAGUACCAAGUGUACCAAGUUUUCUUCGGCAACGAGGACCUCCUGAAGGAGUGGCUCAAGGGAGCUGGAGUGGUGGGUCAACCCGGAGUGGACUUCCCAGUCCUGACAUCGAUUCCACCCACGUCGUUCAGCUGUCGAGAGUUGAAGGGCGGUUACUACGCAGACCUGGAGACGAGUUGUCAAGUCUUCCACAUAUGCGACAACGGGCGGAAGAUCUCGUUCCUGUGCCCGAACGGAACGAUCUUCCAACAAUCGCAACUAAUCUGCGACUGGUGGUUCAAGGUGGACUGCAGCAAGUCAACUGAGCUGUACGAGCAAAGUGCCGAACAGCUGGCAGAAGAGGAAAGAAAACGAGCAGAAGCGAAGAGGAUGAACUCCGAGUUCCACAGGAGUUCGGAUAAGGACGACACCCUGGACUACGAUGGUCGGCAAAACGGCAGAAUGAACCCCUACGGUCAGCCGGCUCUUCAGAACCAACUUCAAGGGAACCAGCAAAAGUCUAAUCAAUAUCCGGGCCGAAGUCAACAAUCAAAGCCCAGGCAAAAUCAAUUCGUCCAGUCGAACAGUCUAAGUGGCAGCGACAGAUCGAACCAACCCUCGGACACCUUCAACCAGAAGCAAGGAUUCCCAUUCAAUGAUUACAGGUCCAAGACCAAGACCAACCAAGACAACAGAUCGAUUCAAUCCUCAAACGGUCAAGAUCAUCGAGUGAUCGAGAACGAGAAGAGUUUAGGGCCUCCGAAAUCUAGGUCGAGGAACGAUUUCAGCUCCUCGAUCCAGAAGGUGACUCCAGUUUACACAGAAUCCACGACAUUCCGGACGAGCACCUCGAAUCCCGUGAAGGAGUACCAACAGCCAGCCGAGAGCGUCGCCUUCGCGGCGAACCGCAACAACCGCUACAACAAGGCGUACAGUUCCAAUCAAUUUAACAACAUCUACCCAAGCCAGGCCCCAGGCACGGAGAACUUCCGGCAGGACUCGAGCACGACGCACUCCAGCAAGGAAGCACCAGGACCUCCGUUGUUCCGGUCACGCGUCCCCAUCCCGAACUUCCCGUUGCCGACAUACGCUCCUAUCUAUAAGCCGAGGACGAGCUCUUCGCAGAGAGUCGAGGAAGCAGCAAGGACCACCACUCAGAGGACCACUACUUCCAGGACCUACGUGAACACGGACGCAUACAGACAAAACGGCGCCACCACCCAAGCAACCUACGGAAGUGGCUUCGAGACGACCACCAUUACCCCUUUCGCCACCCCUGAGUAUCAGGCUAACACGGAGAUCUCGAACAGCUACAGCAACGUGGAGAGCUACCCCAGGAACAGCCCUACACCCGGGGCUUAUGGGGUCCCGCAGAACCAAACCACCUCAGGACAAUAUCCCACCGAAGGGUACCAACGGAACACCGUGACGGCCAGACCGUACUAUCAGGAGGUGAACAUUGAUCAGAGAACGGAGGCAUAUCCGACGACCUCUUACGAGAACACGGAGGGGUACAGAGACGCUUAUGGAGGUGGAGUCCCCGAGAGAACUGAUGGGAACUUUCCAGGGAACGUGGCAAGGGGUCCUACAUCGGCUUACCAUGGUCAGGCUUCGAGCUUCGGGGCGCAGGAGGCGGAUUCUCCUUUGAAGGAUGACCAGGAACGGGAAGGGGCGUUCUCCACCAGGAGUCCUUUCAGGACCUCGCAGAACUCAAUCGGGGUUGCGACGGAAAAGCCGUAUCGCAAUGCCGGGAGGACGCUGAGUCCCUACGACACCAGCUUCACCUACAGGCAGGGGAAAGUGACGUCCACCCAAGGACCCUAUGUCCCAUUCACCAGGAAUUAUGCGUUUGGAAGCACGAGCACCACCCCUAGGUCAAUCGCGAAUCCCGGAACUACGUCGACCUAUGACUCGGGCGGGUCGGAUCUUAAAUCCACCCUAAAGAACACCUUGACGAGGGGGAACGUACCCUCUUCUACCGCCAGGGUUAGAGGAAGUGCGACAUAUCUUCCUAAAGGGAAUUCGGGGAUUGGGAGGACACCUGGCUUCGAAGGGAGACCCCCACCCGAACGGGAGCACGCCAUCAGCAUGUUGCAGUCUCUUCAGGGUCUGGAGGGCACCGUCCCCGCGCUCGGGGACUACGUUAAUGGAAGUAGGUCUGGACUGAACAUCCCUACCUCUUCAGGUCCCUCCGCUCUGCACUCCUUGGCUCUGUACUUUGCAACGGCCAGUGAAGAGGCUAAUUCCACCGAGACGCUGAACGAAUCCGCAUCCGGUGCUAACGUCGCUCCCGAGGGAGAGAUCUCGAAGAAGAGCGACGCGUCCGCGGAACUGCCCGUCAACAUCCUGACUCAGCACACGGUGAACUCGUACGUGGACUUGUUCAACUUGAAUAACGUCCUGGAGACGAAUGCCACCGAGAAAGACCCUGAAGAGGGAGACGACACCAGCGAGGACCUGGAUCUUCAGCAAAGCGAGGGUCCCUUGAACGGAGGCAGGAAGUCCAACAACACGAAGCUUCGGGAGCUCGCCCAGGUCUUCACCCACGCUCUGUCGGCCUACCUUCAGGAUCCUGACACCUUCAAGAAGGUCCUCACCGAAAUCAGGCCCACGGAACCAUCCGCGACCAGUGACAACGACAUCUGGGACGUCACCACCGAGUACCCCACGACGUCCGAGGAGUAUCCCUCGGUGACGAAGGAGAAGGACGAGGUCCUGGACUUUUCGGACGUGACCAAAGUGUCCUGGAGAAAGAAACCGACCUCGACCUACCCCAGCACCACCCAGCCCUCCGCCGAGUCCACGUUCCACACGUACUACACAUCACCUCCGGACUACUUCACCACGAUUUCCGUAGCUACGUCAGAGUCUAGAUACCCUCCGGUUGCUCCAACAUCUUCAAGUUUAAGUCGAAAUGGGUUUAUAGAUAGUCAGGAACAGCCGCAGGGGAACAACGUCGCCUUCGAGGUCAACCAAGCGUUUGGAUCUAGCAGGGGAAGCGACGUAGAAAAUUACCAGGGUGGAUCUGUUGGAUCCAGCUUCAGCGACUAUUUCCCCAUAGGUUCCGUCCAGAACGGAACCACCAGCGAACCGUAUGGGAAACGCGUGAAACCCUUUGAUGCGACCCCCAUAAAUAAUUAUGUAGCUUCGUCGACUCCUGCCUCCUUCCAGGCUGAUGGUGGAGUAGAGGGUAUCCGAAGAGUCGCCACGGGGAGGAUCUCCGAAAAGCUAACGCCACCCCUCUUCGGGAAGUACAUGAACACUGCCACUACUGAUAGCUUUGAUGAUGACAAGUACAACAGCGUCGCCGCGAGUUUCGGGAACGUAAGGACGACUCCAGUUUUCCAGAAGAACGACUCGUCUCAGUUUACCAAACCGCCGUUUAGGAUCAACUAUUAUGGACCAUCGGACUCGGAGCCGGUGAAGGAGUCUCUGGUAACGGCAAGUAGUCUUCGCCCGACCUAUAAUAGCAGGAACAAUCUUGAAAAGGACUCAAGGACCACUCCUAGAUCAACUCGAGAACCCACCUAUUCGGAUCGACAGACCAACGAUCAUUGGACGUCAUCCCCUGUAUUGUCUCAGCUCUGGGAAACCACCGUUUUUGUGGAUCCAAACCACAUAAACCGUGGACUGGUGGAUAAUCCUGCGGUUACUCAGCCCACCGUCUUCGAGUCCACCUCGAGGGAUGGCGUGGACCUUGGGACCACCACCUUGCCCAGGGAAACGCUGAUUACGGGCGCUUCUGGUGGUAUCGCUCCUGGGAAUAAUGGAGAACAGUCCAGGUCCUGGAAAUGGAACCCCAGCAACGACGAUACACCCACUGUGUUCACGUUGCUGCCGAAUGCGUACCAGACGGAGAACUCUGCGACACCCACGCCGACCUACACCACGCAUUCCAGUAUUACCACCACCAUAACCUCCUCCAUCAUCGCGACAAACGUCCCCCAGGAUGCGUUGGCACCCUCUGAGUCCUUCAGGUUUGGCGCGAGUAUUCUGAACGUCACCGAGAACGAGGUCCUCAGGGCGCAGGAGAUGUUCGGGAAGCUGAACGCAUCCAGCACCAACACCCUGAUGAAGGUGAUGAAGCAAGCCGACAACAACUCCACCGUCCGCCAGUUGGUUCUUCUGUUGAUCAGCCAUUGCAACGGCCCCAUGAACAAGACCAUGGAGCAGGAGAAGGAGCAACUCCUGGACGCCCUGCUGAGAUUGCCUGUGAACGAGUUCACGUCAGAAGAAUCCCGGGAUAUCGUAUCUGGUAUCAAUAGGUUGAACCUUCCUGUUGGUAGGUCCAGGUUCAUCCUGGGACCUAGUGCGACCUCCACAACGGAGAGGUCCGUUUCCACGGCUCCUUCCGUGACGACGUUCAGGAGUAGGAAGGGCAGGAGGUUCAAGAGCACCACGGAGACCCCGAAGAGCGCCUCGAGGAGGAACGACGAGAUCGACACCGCCGAGACCCGGAAUUCCCUGUCCCCGGAUGACUCUUCGGCUUCGGACAACCGGGCUCUGGAACUCCUCAGGUCUCUCUACUCCAUAGCUGCCAAGUGGGGUUGAGCAAGGACCUCGUCGCGAUCGAUCAGAUGUCCGUUGGAUAACUUCUGCAAGAAUUCAGGAACCCGGAAGCGACUUGCCGAAGAGGCGACGUUUCCUGCCACGCGUUGAAGUCUCCCAAAUGUUGACGUCUUCGAUGCUUCUGCCGGCUCUUCGGGGCCGAACUUCUUCGUUUGGAGGAUUCUAUUGGUUUCUUCCGUGUUCUCCAGUUCUCUCCAGGUCGGGUCUUGGCCGAGUGUAUGGGAUUUGUGAACGAGGAACCUUAUCUUCGACCCGGCGAAGUUAUCGAACCGACGCGAUCGCGAUGGACCCCCGUGGGGAUGGCUACGUUUUUAUAGAAAAUCAAACUGACGGCCUCUGCAUCAGCAAUCUUAAUGUUUAAGGACCCGGUGCGAAUCUCCAUGUCCUGGGGACUGUGUCGAUCCGUCGACACCUGGUGCGAGAGGGAUGCGUCGGAAUAUUUAUACGCGUAUGUAGGUUGUCUCCAUGCUCUCUGUUAGCAUUCGUAGAACACAGGGGUGGAUUUGGGUUUUGACGGGGUUUAUGGGACAUUCUUGAUUCGGUGGGAUUAAAUUCUGAUAAGGGUCGUCGAAGUGGGUGUGCAGAGCGCGCGACGCCCUCUUCGACGUCGAUGACGAAGAGACUCUUCAUCAUUUAAUAUGGGUCAUGAUCUUCCGGAGCAGAGUUCCAUGAUUUACCAACAAUCCAUUCUGUAACAUGAAUUAUUUGCUAUACUUACGGUACUUUUAUUAAAACAGAAAAACGCAGCAUUCAUUAUGUAGUCCUCAUCAAUAACAAAAUUUUCUUCAUCUGGACUGCUGAUACCAAGACGUCGUAUUUUGAUACAAGGAAGCGUUCAUAUUUAAUUAGUAAUUAUUUAAAAUUGGAAAUUAUCUGACUCCGAUGAUUUGAUAAUGGUGCUAUUGGGGUGGGGUGUUAAACAAUUAAUUAUGUGUCCGGUGUUUGCUCGACUUAACUUAUUUGCUCGCAAACUCGUGCUGUCAUUCGGUAAGAUUUAAGGAAAAUAAGAGAUAUAAUUAUAUUAUAUUAUAGAAACAUGGUGAUGGUGUAAUUUCAUUGUUGUAUUUUUUUUUCUGUUUUUUUUUAUUCUUCAUUGUUUGGAUGUUUCGGAUUUAUGCGCGCUCUCCACUCCUGCUCGAUUCGGGAAUAUCCAAACGCGGAAAUGAGUGCAUGAGUUAGCGUGUAGAUAUUGAAUUUAUGUAAAAUACGUUUGUAUAGUGUACGA